ACAAUGCACUUGGAACUGGCUCCCUAGAAAUUGACCAACAAGGAAGUACAGUGUGGUGUGGCACCCUUUGGACUUAUUUCCUCAUUACUGGGACCAGGCAUAGACAAAAACACAGCUUGACAGCCAAGGUAGAAAAUUCUCCCCAAGUCAUGUCUAGGGCUGACCUCCAGAAAAGGAAACGUUUGCCGGAUGAAAUCCCUGUAAGUCCACCGAAGAUCCCUCCUUGCACCUACCUGCCUGGUCCUGAGCCACCCCCUCCCCAGGAGUAUCAGCUCACAUUAUUUCAGUGGCAAAUCCAACAAGAAGCGCGCAAGUUUGAAGGAGUCGCUCCCGAGUUGCUGAGCAAACAAGAUGGAGACGGUGACACAUGUCUUCACAUAGCUGUGGCCCAAGGCAGAAGAGCUCUGGCCUACAUGCUUGCUUCCAAGAUGGCCGUCUACGGUGCUUUAGAGGUGAAAGAGCACAAUGGGCAGACGCCGCUUCAGGUGGCCGCGGCGGCCAAUCAGCACCUCAUCGUAGGUGACCUGCUAGAGCACGGAGCAAAUGUCAACACCGCAGACCUGUGGGGCCGCUCACCUCUGCACAUUUGCGCUGAGAAAGGAUUCCACCUCUGUCUUCAGAUCAUCUGGAGGACUUUCUCCGGAUGUUUACAGAUGAUUAAUACAGAAAUGUGGAAUUUUGAGGGUCAAACUUCGCUUCAUGUUGCCGUGUUGUCUCACAAUGCGGUUGAAAACGAGUGGAGGACUGGCGCCGGGGACUGGCACCAGAAAAAUGAGUUGCUGCAAAGAAAACACAUUCAUGUUCAAUGUGUGGAGGCCCUGUUGUACAUGGGGGCCUCCUGUGGGACUCAGGACUUAAAAAGCGGUUAUACAUGUUGGCACAUGGCAGCCGAAGAAGCCAAUUGUCAGCUGUUGAGCAUCUUCCUCCAGCGGCCGUCUGCCGUGAGCAGCCUCGACCACAAGAGCUUCAGCGGCAACACAGCCCUACACAUCGUCAGCGCCUUACAAAACCAUCCCACUCAGCUUCAGGCGUUGAAGCUACUGAUGGCAGGUGGAGCCGACCCCACCGCCAGAAACUUGGAGAACGAGCUCCCCUGGCACCUGGCGCCUGCAGGUCACGCUGGUGAGAUGGUGCGUCAGAUCCUGAGAGGCCAACACCUUGAUGCUUAAAACAGAACACUGUCAGUCAGACAGUCGAUCAUAAAAUAAUAUUUGCCUCACAAGGCAGAUGGCGGUUGUUUCAGUGAAACAAAUCAUUUUGAUGUAAUACUCAAUGAGCUCAAAAACACACACACACUUACAAACACACACACACGACGUAUAUAUAACAAUAAUAAUGAGUGGCUCGGUUAUUCACACAUUUCUUUCUAUAAUACACCUACGCUAGUGUUGGCUCGUGAGUGAACGGUUUGUUCAAAAGAACGAAUCUUUUCAGUGAACGAGAAUGACCGAAUCACUUCCUAAAGUGAUUCGUUCUUUUUUCAGUUCACAUGACUUCAACCAGUAGGUGUCAGUAAUGCCCAUUGAAGCUGGUGCCACCUUGCCGUAAAACAAAACAAAGAAGAAAAUGACGUCACUUCCCGUUCACGAACGAGUAGUGAAUUGCUUUUCUUGUUCACCAACGAAAGAAUCUGUCAGUGAACGAAUCAGUCAGUGAACGAAUCAGUCAGUGAACGAAUCAGUCAGUGAACGAAUCAGUCAGUGAACGAAUCAGUCAGUGAACGAAUCAGUCAGACAGUGAACGUGUUGCGUCUUCCUCCUGGCGUGAACUAUGUAAGCCAGUAGUUUUUAAACAACGUGUAUGCAUAUAUACGCCUAAAUAUUGUUAUCCAAUAUAUCUACUACAAUUUCACAUUGAAUUGCUGGUUUGAAAUGUACUUUUAAUAUUAUUAUUUUUAAUAAACAUCUAUGUUAAAACUUG